AGCGGUGGUCCCUCGCCUCCCGGCUGCCUUCCCUCCAGUCCCGCCGCGCCGGAGUAUUUUUAAAGUUCAAUUUUUCACUCUAUUCUUGGGGCUAAGAAUUGUUUUCCUAACGCCGACGUACGGCUUUCGUUGGCUGAGACCGCAACUCGCGACCUCUGGAUAGGGUCGGACACUCUAAGCACCGCGUGCCGCUCUGACCCCAGAUACCGCCCUGGUCCCAAAUACUUCUGCCCUUCCAAAUACCUCUCGGGCGUCCAGAAUUACGCACCCUCACAUACAGUUUUGCUCCCACUACCACGUGCUUACCUGCCCCAAAUACAACUCCGCUCCCCAAAGUAUAGUUCCGUGCCCCCAAAUACCAUUGUCACCCUUCCUACUCUCUGCCUCCUAAAUACGUAACCUGUCCCAUUACCCCUCCCACAUUCCGAUGUCCUCUCCCACAUACCUUGGUGACCCUUCCAUGUACCUCGGGACCCCACCCUCUUAGCGCCAUUUCCGUCAGACACCGCUCCGUGCGCCCCAGGGUCCCCUCCUAAAGUUUCCAGCCUCUCCAUCGAUGUCACGGUGGUGCGUUCCUUCCCUUCUCUGUCGAAGCCACUGACUUCUCGCUGGGGCGCUGCUCUCCCCAGCCUCUCUCUGCCCCCAGUUAGGCAGCGCCGCUCAACACCCGCCCCGCCAUCCGCGGCAAGGGCAGUCCUCGCGUCCGCCUGGGCAGGCGCUGUCCAGCUCCCGGUGACCACUAGAGGGCAGGAGAGCCCGGCCAGCCUUGCCCGCCACCGCCACUAGCAGGUGGAGGACUGGAAGGAAAGAGCCUAGCGUUCAGCCGGGCCCGGGUCCUGUCCUUCUUUAGGUGGAAAUUUCUUUCCCCGUCCGUUCUCGGAAGAAAAGCAAGGAAGGAACACGGGCUGCGUGCAAGUCCGGCAGGGGCGGGGCCUGUGGGUUUCGGGGCAGAACUGCUUACGGAACGGACCGGACCAGGAGCGGUUUCAGGGUGGGGCUAUUCCGGGAAGUGGUGGGGGAGGGGUCCCAAACUAGCACCUAGUCCCCCCCUUGUAAAGCCUGCCCAUUUCUUCUCCGCCCCCAAAGUGCAGCUUCAGGGGCCCAGGGAGAAUGGGGAGUAGAGCGGGGGACCUGAGGAUGAAUUUCCCCGCCUUGACCUAGCCCACUAUCUCUGUCCCUUGUCUCACCUUGGCUGUUCUGUUGCCUUGGAGCUAAAACUAGAGCCUUGGGGACCCAGGUCCCUGACCUCCCUUCCCCGCACACACCGCCUCUGGAGCCAGGGAGUGGUUGGGGAGGGGGGGAGGCCCGCCAAGAACAAACAGGUAGUCAGAAGGUUGAGUGACAAGCCCAUGGGGCCGACCUGAGGGGACAGGAAUGGCUGGGGAGGAGGAGGAAGAGAUGGGAGGUGGGGGGAGGAGGGGCUGGGUUUUGUCACCUGUCACCUGCUCUGGCUGAGCCUAGGGCGGGCGGGGGACCGGUAUAAAGCAGCAGGCACCUGUGCUUGCUUCACCUCACACCAGCCGGCUCCCUGCUCCAGUCUGCUCUGCCCCCUCCCCACCGAGGUCACCAACACCAUGUCGCGGGGCGCCCAGGCCCCUCUCCUCCUCUCGCUGCUGCUGGUGCCAGUGCUUGCCACGGAUCCGACCUCGAGCUCGGCCACCGUGCCCUCCUCCAGUGCCACCUCGUCGCCGAAUGCCGCACAUCUAACCUCGAGCUCGGCCACCGUGCCCUCCUCCAGUGCCACCUCGUCGCCGAAUGCCGCACAUCUAACCUCGAGCUCGGCCACCGUGCCCUCCUCCAGUGCCACCUCGUCGCCGAAUGCCGCACAUCUAACCUCGAGCUCGGCCACCGUGCCCUCCUCCAGUGCCACCUCGUCGCCGAAUGCCGCACAUCUAACCUCGAGCUCGGCCACCGUGCCCUCCUCCAGUGCCACCUCGUCGCCGAAUGCCGCACAUCUAACCUCGAGCUCGGCCACCGUGCCCUCCUCCAGUGCCACCUCGUCGCCGAAUGCCGCACAUCUAACCUCGAGCUCGGCCACCGUGCCCUCCUCCAGUGCCACCUCGUCGCCGAAUGCCGCACAUCUAACCUCGAGCUCGGCCACCGUGCCCUCCUCCAGUGCCACCUCGUCGCCGAAUGCCGCACAUCUAACCUCGAGCUCGGCCACCGUGCCCUCCUCCAGUGCCACCUCGUCGCCGAAUGCCGCACAUCUAACCUCGAGCUCGGCCACCGUGCCCUCCUCCAGUGCCACCUCGUCGCCGAAUGCCGCACAUCUAACCUCGAGCUCGGCCACCGUGCCCUCCUCCAGUGCCACCUCGUCGCCGAAUGCCGCACAUCUAACCUCGAGCUCGGCCACCGUGCCCUCCUCCAGUGCCACCUCGUCGCCGAAUGCCGCACAUCUAACCUCGAGCUCGGCCACCGUGCCCUCCUCCAGUGCCACCUCGUCGCCGAAUGCCGCACAUCUAACCUCGAGCUCGGCCACCGUGCCCUCCUCCAGUGCCACCUCGUCGCCGAAUGCCGCACAUCUAACCUCGAGCUCGGCCACCGUGCCCUCCUCCAGUGCCACCUCGUCGCCGAAUGCCGCACAUCUAACCUCGAGCUCGGCCACCGUGCCCUCCUCCAGUGCCACCUCGUCACCGAAUGCCACACAUCUAACCUUGAGCCCGGCCACCACACCCACCCCCCGUGCCACCUCGACCGCCACAGAUCUGACCUCCAGCUCGGCCACCGCACCCACCUCCAGUGCCACCUCGUCACCGAAUGCCACACAUCUAACCUUGAGCCCGGCCACCGUGCCCACCUCCCGUGCCACCUCAACUGCCACGGAUCUGACCUCCAGCUCCACCAUCACCCCCCAUGCCACCUUGUUGCCGAAAACCACCUCUGCCAGCCCCAGUGCCAGGACCGCUACCAGUAGCAAUGCCCACAGCACAGAACCUCCCACCCCCCCCAGCACUCGGACUACUCUCCAGCCUCUUAGGAUCACCGUCUACUUCCUGUUCUUCCACAUUCUGAACCUCCCGUUCAACUCCUCCCUGGAAGACCCCAGCACUGCCUACUUCAAGGCGCUGCAGAGGAACGUUUCGGAGCUGUAUUUGCAGAUCUACACACAGGAGGGGUUCCUGGGCUCCUCUAAUGUAAAGUUCAGUCCAGGCUCUGUGGCGGUGGAAUCGACUCUGGCCUUUCGAGAAAACACCAUCAGUGCCAGUGAGGUGGAGGCACAGUGGGCCGCAAAGGAGCGGGAAGCGGCAGCCAAAUACAACCUGGACGUCUCGCGAUUGAGCGUGGUUUAUCCUUCCUCGGCCCAGCCAGGGUCUGGGGUACCUGGCUGGGGCAUCGCCCUGCUGGUGCUGGUCUGUGUUCUGAUUGUGCUGGCCGUCAUCUAUCUCGUUGCCCUGACUGUGCAUCAGUGCCGCCAGAAGAACUGUGGGCAGCUGGACAUCUUUCCCACCCGAGAUGCCUACCAUCCUAUGAGCGAGUACCCCACCUACCACACCCACGGGCGCUAUGUGCCCCCCGGCAGUACCAAACCUAACCCUUAUGAGGUUUCUGCAGGCAAUGGUGGCGACAGCCUCUCUUACACAAACCUGGCAGCUACUUCUGCCAACUUGUAGGGGCACGUCGCCGCCCGAGCUUCCAGCCCGAGACCGCGUUCCCUCUCCCAGCCUUCGAUGUGAGAGUGGCCCCCUUCCUGUUCUGGACUGGUGAGCUGGGACUUCAACUGAGCUGCUCACAGCCUCCCUUACAGACCCCACCAAGUCCCCUAACCCAUCUUAGCCCUGGUGAAGCCCAUCAGGGCCCCUGGGGACAUGCCUGGGCGGUGGCUCCCAGGACUGGCCCAGAAAGCCCGCAGAAAGUGGCAACUGGAAUACAGCUGAAAAAAACGUGGCCUCCUCUGCUCUGACUACCGA